UGUGUGUGUGUGUGUGUGUGUGUAUGUGUGUGUGUGUGUGUGCGCGCGCGCGCAUGCAUGCAUGCGUGUGUGUGUGUCACUGUGUGUGUGUGUGUUUGUGCAUGUGAACGUGCAUGUAGGUGUUUCACGCUUGUGAAUGGAAAGAAUGCACAUAGUGAUAUCAUCAGAUUUUCACCUGUUAUUUGAGAAUAUGUGAGAGGCAUGGAAGGAAGGAUAAAGUCAAAGAGUGAAUAUUCAGAGCAUGAUAAAAAAAAAUUCAUGUGUACAGUAAAGAAAACGAACAAAUUCAAUGAUACAUACACAUCCGCAAAUUAUUUUUAACUAAAGUCAAACUAAUAGCUUUCUUAUUGUUUAUAUUUCAGAUAUGCUCAAACUUCGUUGGCAAACCCCCAGCUCUCGCUUUCGCAAGUGGACCGAUAUGACCCUCGACACCAUGUGGGCUUUCUUUGGACUGAUCAUCGGCAUGGGACUUAUCAUCGUCGACGACCUUGAGGAGUAUUGGUCCACUGAGCCAGUCUAUGCUCUCCCCCUCUUUUGUCUGUCAUGUCGAGGGAUCAGUUCAAUCUGAUUCUGUCAUAUUUCAAUCUCUGCAACAAUGUCGACAAUCAGCCACAGGACAGUCCAGAUUACAAUCCAUUAUUUAAGAUCAGGAAAUUUGUUGAUGCCUUGAAUGAAAAUUUUCAGCGGACCUUCCACCCUGGGAAAGACAUAGCUAUUGAUGAAGCUAUGGUUGCAUGGAGGGGUAAUUUGUCUUUCUUUGUAUACAAUCCAGAUAAGCCGGACAAAUUCGGAAUCAAGGUUUUCCAGCUCUGCGACGGCCAAACUGGAUACUGCAGCAACCUGGAAUUCUAUACAGGGAAAGCAGCACCGUCAGCGAAAGGGGCAACAUUUGAUGUUGCGGAGAGACUCAUUAGGCCAUACCUCAACUGUGGACGCACCCUGUAUGUGGACAACUAUUACAUAAGCCCCGACUUGUUUACGUAUUUGAAGGAGCAGAGAACGCUGGCGUGCGGCACUAUGAGAAUAAACCGAAAAAAUGGCCCACCCAAAACUAUGAUCCCAAAGUUAAAGAAGACAGAGAAGGAGGCAGUUGCACUUACGAACGGAGUGAUCACCCUCCUUCAAUUUUUUGACAAGCGGGAAGUCAA